AUGGAAAAAACUCAUUGCCAUUAUGAAUACAACAGAGAGUUACACUUCAACAAGCUACAGUCAGAGCUAUGCAUUGAAAUUUUCCACGGAAAUAAGACAGUGGGCACAGCCAGAUUUGUCAAAAAACCAGUGGAAUUCAAAUGUGCCAAAGCCACUGAGAGCUUUACAAGAAUGACAAGAACACAUAUCUAUCAUAUAAAGCGAUGUGCUCAAGCUGGCUCUUGUACUACACAAAUGUGCGAGACCAUCAGUGCGAACGAGACAAUCCCAGAGUUGAAAUCGGCAGCAAAAUAUCCAGGAUACUCUGGAUGUUUCAGUAGCUGCGGGGGACUGCUGUUUGGGUGCUUCAUGCCACAACCAGCUUGCACCUUUUAUAGAGUUGCACAAAUACCUAUAACCAAACGGGUGUACGAAGUGACUAGAUGUCCUCACUGGAGUCCCGAAAUUAAGUUGGAAAUAGAAGUGAACCUUUUCAACGAGACAAGAUUAUUCACCCAAUCGUUUUUCCCGUAUGCGCCGGUAAAAACGGACGUAUUUAACAUCACUGUGAUCUCAAUUCAGAAACCCGCAAGUACCAUAGCAAACAAACGAUUUGCGAUAUCGAAAGGCGCUUCAUUUGCCCUUCCGGAACACUUUCGUGUAGCAGCGGAGUGUACCUCCUACAGGGAAGCUCAAGCUCAAUUUCAUAAGUGCAUAAACAGGAUCAGGUGCGAAUGCAGCAACUCAGUAAACAACUGCCUGUGCCCAGAAGGCUCAAUUAGUACACUUCGAAAUACAAAUCUACCUCUAGAAACGCCUUUUGGAACACUGAAGGUAGUAUCGGACGAAAUCAUAGCUGUUUCAAACGAAGAAGAAGUGGUCAUAAGGCUAGAGUCAAAAAUUCUCCAAGAUUCAGCUGAAUUCCAGGAGAAUCACGACUGCAUUGUUAGAGCUACAAAUGUUACCGGGUGCUACAGUUGUCCAACAGGUGCGGAACUAACGUUAACCUGCGAGUCUCCGAAACAAAUGUUGGUCACAGCCUUACGCGAAGCCGAGCAGUUCUCACUCAGCUGUGGAGCAAACAAAAGUAACCAGGUACGGCUAAGUUAUGAGAAGUCUGUCGUGAGGGAAGAAUGUGUACUCCAGUGUGGUAGCAAGCACAACAAAAUCGUGCCAACAGGUAACCUGUACUACCACAUACAUAUGCAAAACUCCUCAAUCUUCGACCACCAGUCUCACACAGUUAGAUUGAGUCACCAGUGGUUCGCGGACAUAAGUAUGCCGGACGUGAGCCCCCUACUCGAAACUUUCACAAACCACUGGAAGCUGGCUGUGGCCGCAACUAUCUCCACACUAAUGUUUGCUGCCCUAACCUACAUAGCAGGACCUAUCGCUCUAAUUUACGUAGCAAGAUGCUUGCUCCACAUUCUCAAAACACUGCUCAUGACGGCCUGGAGUUGCUUACAAACCAGCCUGAGCGCGCUGGUCAACAACCGAUUCAACGGUCAGCUGAUACCAUGCAGCCACAAGCAAGCAAAAAUCAGUUGGCUUACCGAUCAAGCGGCUGCCAUUGUUGCCGCGUUGGCUCGGAUCCUCUCGAGUUGCCCGCUUGUGGGUUACCAGCCGAAGAGGAUACCAGAGCGGCUUAGACCGCAAAGCAGAAAUAAUCCAAAGAUCAAAGGUGCCGCAAAUUAUAUAGGUGCGAGCUUUGUAUUUCACAGUGCCGUACACGAUACGGGUUUGAUCUCUGUUUCAAUACGAGGAAAUGUACAAAGUUAA